AUGCUAUUCUCACUCCCAACUCUCAUGACUCUUGGUCUCGCAACCAUUAGCGGUGUCACUGCUAUUCCUACCGAUUUCUUCAAUGUGGAUAUUACAUUUAUCGGUGGACCGGCCAGUUACAACUUGACUAUUCCUGCAGAUGGUCAGACUCAUGCUAUCAAUAACCCCCUAACCAUCUCCCUCAUCCGCUCCUCCAACUUCGACGUUUUCCACCUCUGCACUUUUUAUCAUGAUAAUGUUGCUGCGUUGGUUAAUAAUGGGGGGGUUGUUAGUAUGGGGCCUCCGACGCCGGUUACGGGGGUUAGUUGUCAGGUUACGGAUCAAAGGUGUAUUCCUAAUUAUGGUGAGUGA